AUGGGGCUCGGGGCGGGCGGGGGGCGGCGUGGGGCCGUGGCGCUGCUGUGGCUGGCGGCCGUGCUGUGCCAGCUGGGCAGCGGCAGCGUCCUCCGCCGCCGGCUGCACUCGGCCGGGGUCCCGCAGCGGCGGCUGAGCGGCGGCGAGCGCCGGGAUGUGCAGAGGGAGAUCCUGGCCGUGCUGGGGCUGCCCGGCCGGCCCCGGCCCCGAGCCCCCGCCCGAGCCCCCGCCGCCGCCGCUCCGCUCUUCAUGCUCGAUCUGUACCACGCCGUGGCCGGCGAGGAGGAGGAGGAGGGUGAGGAAGCGGCGGUGUCGCGGCCGGUGCUCACCGGGCUCAGCACGCAGAGCCCCCCGCCCGGCAGCGUGGUGAGCCGGGCAGACACCGUGGUCAGCCUCGUCAAUAUGGUGGAGCAGGACCGGGACCUGUUCUCGCCCAAGCCCUACUGGAAGGAGUUCAGGUUCGACCUGACCCAGGUGCCGGCGGGAGAGGCCGUGACGGCCGCGGAAUUCCGCAUCUACAAAAGCCGCGGUGCUCCCAGGCACGCCAACAGCAGCCUCCACCUCAGCAUCUACGAGGUGGAUCCCCAAAAUUCCAACAGGGAAUCCGACCUGUUCCUGCUGGAUGUGCAGGACCUGCGUGCUGGGACAGAGGGCUGGCUGGUGUUUGAUGUCACAGCCGCCAGCAACCACUGGUCAGGGGAUCAGAAACACCACCUGGGGCUGCGGCUCUACGUGGAGACAGACGAUGGGCACAGCGUGGAUCCGGGCUCGGCCGGGCUCCUGGGGCGCCGGGGACCCCGCUCCAAGCAGCCCUUCAUGGUGACAUUUUCCCGAGCCAACCCCAGCCCUGGCCGUGUCACACGAGCGGCCAGACCCCCGAGGAGGCGGCAACACAAGAAAUCCAACGACCUCCCCCACCCAAACAAGCUCCCGGGAAUUUUUGACGAUGUCCACGCCACAGACGGGCGGCAGGUCUGCCGGCGCCACGAGCUCUACGUCAGCUUCCAGGACCUCGGCUGGCUGGACUGGGUGAUCGCUCCGCAGGGAUACUCGGCCUAUUACUGCGAGGGGGAGUGUGCGUUCCCGCUGGACUCCUGCAUGAACGCCACCAACCACGCCAUCCUGCAGUCCCUGGUCCACCUGAUGAAGCCUGAGGCCGUGCCCAAGGCGUGCUGUGCCCCCACCAAGCUCAGCGCCACCUCUGUCCUCUACUACGACAGCAACAACAACGUCAUCCUCAAGAAACAUCGGAACAUGGUGGUGAAAUCCUGCGGCUGCCACUGA